AAAAUAUUUCACUCUAUGCCGCUCUGAAAGCGAACAUUGUGAAAGUAGUAAAUACCCCACACGCGAGAGACCUGUUGGAUUUACAGGGAAGCGCAAACUGUGGGGGCGAAACACCAGAAACAAGAAAAACCAAACAAACAAAAAGGGUAACACCAGGAACUUCUCUGGAAUUUGUCUUUGGGUGUAACUUUUGCUCUCAGACCGGACCGGUAGUUGAGUCUCACAUCGGGGCCUCGGGAAACGAUGACUGGUGAGGAAUGAACACGACUUCUCGCGCGACUAACGUUACCUCUGAAACAUAAGCGUAUCGGUUGAGCGGCUGCUGGAUUAAAAGGAGGAGUUUCGUCUCUAUGACCAGGAAUAAUGGUUGUGGAGUGUAUAAAAGUGUCGGAGUUUGAGGGAAGCUAACAGGCUAUUCAGCCACACCCUCCCGCCGCUUCCUGAUACGCAAGAUGUAGCGGGAGACUACAACCGACGCGCGAGAGUCUCAGUAACGAACUAAGUUCGUUAUUGUCGAGGAAACUACAUUAAAACAUUAAGCUGAACGUUAAAACAAUGGCAAGCAAAAGCGAAACUAUCUGCCACUGGACAACCGCUGCUUUUCUGCUGGAGAGGGCGUAUGGACAAUAGAUAUGCAUAAGGAACUGUGUUUCCCCACAGAACUUGGAUUGUGUACGAAAAAGAAACGGCUGAAAGUCGUUCGGGAAUAUUUUAUGAGUUUUCAAGGUCUCGUGGGAUGAUGGUGCAGUGGCGCCGCGCCGCGCGUCUCGAGCUUCGGACGCAGGGUCAGCAAGACGGUCAAUACAUCAUCAGCAUCAUAUUGCAGGACGUGUAUUUAAAUGCAUUUAAUUUGCAUGGCACGAAGAAAACCUGAAAUGACAGAUUCUGGAAGUCAACCUGCACUUUGCCUUCAUCUGGGCAUCUUCUCGUUCAUGGCACUGCAGUAGCCUUUUAAAAGAUUUUUUUGGGGGUUUGUUUGCAUUGUUGGAGCAACAUUGACAACCUGUGAAACUGAUCAGACUGUAGCCUACCUUAACAGAGGUAGUUGUGAAUUUUAUUAUUUCUUUCAUUAUGCACAUCUAAAAUCUGAUUAUUUAAACAUUGGGCAAUUCAGAGUUUUUCAAUUGAAGGGAUAUUUAACUAUAGCUCUCACCAGCCUAUUUUGCCUGCAUUUUUUAUUAUAGGAAUAUUUUUUCAAAAGUACUUCCCUUAUUCUCGCAGGUGCAUUGAGUGAAGUUUCCUAUUAUUUUGAGUUAUCAAAGUGUCCUGUGUGUUCACAAAAAAGCAGAGUGGACUUUUUCUUCUGAAGGACAUUAUAGAAGACUCUUUGGCCAGUUUCACUCCCCUUGAGAAGGUGUGGGAAUCUUUUAUUACUGAAGAAAAUGACAUAGAUCACAUGUUUCGCACAAGAGAACGUGUGUUGCGAUCUUUAUUUUGAACAUUAGAGCGACCACACUACUAUGGCUAGUAGUGGCUCUGGAAAAUCAGAUAGUGAGGUUUCUACCAACAUCCCUAGUGGCAGCUCGCAACAAAGGAAAAGACUUUUAUCCAUCUGUGACGCAUGCAAGAGCAAAAUGCAGCUGGUGGCGGACCUGCUCCUGCUGUCCAGCGAGACCAGGCCGGUGGUGAACUCCGACGGCCUGCCCAUAGCAGAGACGUUCGAGAAAUGUCGCGACACCUUGAUCGCCCGAACUAAGGAGUUGUCUAUUAUUGUUCAUGACAUUCAGAGCCAGCUCAACAUGGGGAAGUUUGUGGAGGUCGGGGACCGACUGGUGGAGAUGGGGGACCUGGUGGUCUCGCUGACAGAGUAUUCGGCGCAUGCCGCGUACUUGGCGGCCGUGGAGAUCCCGGGCUCACAGGCUGCCGUUCCCGGCCUGGUGGACCGCUAUAAAGUCACCCGCUGCCGCCACGAAGUGGAGCAGACGUGCAACACUCUACGCCUAACAGCUCUGGCCGACCUGACGCCGCAGCUGCUUCUGGAGGUGUCGCAGAACAUCCUGAAGAACCUCACCACGCUCACGGACGCCUCCUCUCUGGCCAGUGAUAAAUCCAAGGACAAGUUCGCCAAGGAGCAGUUCAAAGCUAGCGUUAAGUGCAUGAGCACAAGCGCCACGGCUCUGUUGGCGUGUAUGCGCGAGCUCAAGGCCUGCCCCAGCGAGCUGACCCGCAACCGCUGCGUCCUCUUCAGUGGCCCGCUCGUGCAGGCCGUCCACGCCUUGGUGGGUUUCGCCACAGAGCCGCAGUUCCUCGGAAAAGCCGCCGCCAUCACCCCCGAGGGCAAGGGGGUGCAGACGGCCGUCCUGGGCGGCGCCAUGAGCGUGGUGUCGGCCUGCGUGCUCCUGACCCAGGGCCUCAGGGACAUUUCCCAGCAUCCCGAGAGCAGCUCCCAGAUGCCCGUCUACCGGGAGCGUCUGCGCAACUCUGCAUGCGCCGUCUCGGACGGAUGCACUCUCCUGUCUCAGGCACUAAGGGAACGAUCCUCACCUAGAACUUUACCGCCAGUUAACUCUCAUUCUGUGAAUUAAAACUCCUCCCCGGCACGUUAUUUUUGAAGUACCAAAGAAUCUAAUCAGGUUUAACCUUUGUAUAGUAUGAGUUAGGGCUGGGCGAUAGUUUGAAUAUUGGAGAAUAUAACAUCUUUUAAUGUUAAAAGUUUGUCUUAGAAAGGCCGUAAGCAGCUGCUUUCAAACACUCCCACGCAUUUGUGUGUGAGGGCUCUGUAAACGGCAUCAAAUGUUUCUAUUUGCAACAUGUUUAACAGCGUUGAGCAUUGUAGCCAAUCACAGACAUGUCUGUUUAGCUCCGAACACAAUGACCAAUCACAGGUGCUUAAAUUAGUCAGCGGGGAAUCCACUCAAUACUGCUCAAAAGCGGGAGUUUUCAUUCAGCGCGAUCACAUAUUGUGUUCUACAUGCUCGAAACCUCUCAUUAUAACUGUAAACAUGAUGUAAAUAAGAGGUUACAUACAUAUAAAUAAGUAUAACUAGUGUUGAUUUUUGCAGUAAACAAUUUGUGACUAAACGUUCUGUCCAGAUGUCUUUUUCACG